AUGCCGUACAGCUAUUCCAGUCUCUCGCAAGCCAUGCACCAUAGCAGUAGUCGAAAACGCGCUUUUAGCACACCGCACAUAACGCCCGCCAUCUCUACGCUGCUCAACAUGUCGAACAAUGAUCGUGGCGCUUUCUUGCUGAACAACACAGAUGGCGGCGGCGGCAAUAACAACAAUUUUGCGCCUGAUCAGCUGGUUUACUAUAUGAAAACCGCUUCGCCGCAUGAGCUGGAGAAUAGCAGUGUGUCCGGACCUUGGAUACAAGGCCGUUCCGACACCAAUAUCUAUACAAAUCUUGCGCUCGGUCACAAUCGUUACAAGCUCUUGCAAAACUACGAUGCCAACGACGAGGAUGAAGACGUUGACGAAGAUGAAGCAAUCGAUCAAUUCUCGCCUACUAUUUACCCAACUAGUCGUGCCAUUCCGAUACCGCUUAGUGCCGGCAAUAGCCCACAACAUUUGUCAAGUGGUCAACAAACGCCCCAACUGCCAACUUCACCUACCAUCCACGCGGCCUAUAGCGCCGGUCCUAUGACCAGCAUAUAUCCAUACUCGCCCUUCUAUGGCAGUUCGCCGGAUUCACAAACACCUGUCGGUGGUAGUGUUGGUGGAGCAGCGCCAACACCCAUCAGAAUGUCGUGCAGCUAUGAUCAAGCAUUGGGCGCGAAUUUCAAACGUAUGCCUACGAUGAUAAACCAACAACAGCAGCA